AUGUCGGAGGAGUUUGCACCUGGCUACGUGGCUCCAGCGGACGAUCAUCCGAAAAGAAAGCUUGAAGAUUUGGAGCUCAACGACGUGUCUCAGCCACUCGCUGCCCCGGACUCGACGGCCAACGCGGAUCUGGACACAGUGAAGAACGCGACUGAGGAGGAGGAAGAGGAGAAUGGCACUGCCGACGAGUCUGAGGCAAAGCGAGCGCGCUUAGACAGUAAUGAUGAUAAUAGCAAUGAAACCGACAGUGUUGAACCUACUCAUAAUGGAAAGUUAAAGGAGUUGGAAGACAAGCCGAGAGAGGAGGAGGCUGGGGAACCUCAAGUUACAGAUAAUCAUGACUUGUGUCAAUCGGCUCAAGAACUUGCCACGGGAGCUAUCGAGAAGACCACUAGUGAACAACUAGCUUCUGAUCAGAAUGAUAAUGCCCAGACCAAAAGUCCUCAGGAAGGACAAUCUGAAGGAGAAGCUCAGGAGCCUUCUGAGGAAGUUCCUAAAGAGGAAGAUGUUCCAUCAACUGAGCUGCAGUCAGGGUCUGAUACCCAAAUACUGUCGCACAAAAUGGAAGUUCCCAGUGACAAGGUUGGGGUUAUAAUUGGAAAGGCUGGGGACACUAUUAGGUCCCUGCAAGACAACACAGGUGCGAAAAUUCAGAUAGUGAGAGAUGCUGAUGCAGAUCCACAUUCUACCACCAGGCCUUUGGAACUGAUAGGAACUUCAGAAAAUAUAAAGAAGGCCGAGAAAUUGAUAAAGGAUGUUAUUGCUGAGGCUGAUGCUGGAGGUUCUCCUUCACUCGUUGCUAGGGGAUUCAGCACUGUGCAAGCUGCUGGAGGUGGAGAACAGCUUGAAAUACAAGUCCCAAUUGAAAAGGUUGGUUUAAUUAUUGGAAAGGGUGGAGAAACAAUCCGAAAUCUGCAGACAAGAUCAGGGGCACGUAUUCAGUUAUUGCAACAAAAUCUUCCUGAAGGAGACAAAUCUAGGAAGAGAACUGUCCGUGUGACUGGUAAUAAGAAGCAAAUUGAGACUGCAACAGAAAUGAUAAAAGAAGUUAUGAAUCAGACCAUAAGGCAAUCGCCUCUCUCUAGUGGAUAUAACCAGCAGGCUUUUCAUCCUCGUGGAUCUUUUGCUUCGCAAUGGGGUCCUCGUGGUCCCCAUCAUGCACAGUUCUCAGGUUACGAUUAUCCGCAAAGAGGAUCAUAUCCUUCUCAGAAUUCUUUAUAUCCACCUCAAGCAUAUGGUCAGUAUCCUCCACAACAGGCACCACGAAGCAGCUAUGGUCCAAGCUGGGAGCAAAGGCCUCCAGCUUCAAUGCAGGGGCCCUCACCCCAGGUCAACUAUGGACAGCCAACUCCUUAUUCUCAAACACCUGCACAAGCACAACACUUUGGUCUUCCUGGGUACAGUGAAGUAAAAUAUGAUAACUAUGCAUCGUCACAACAGUUUGGGAACAUGGGUUCUCAGUCAACAGCUUAUGCUCAAAGUGGUCCACAUUCAGGGUAUGGUUCACAGGACCAAUACGGUAAGCCACCAAUGUAUGAUGUGCAGCCACAAGUACAACAUUCUCAAUCUUAUGGUCAGCCUAGGCCUAACCAACCUGGAGAAGUGCCUUAUCAAGGUCCUGCUGCGCCAGCUCAAGCAUAUGGUCAAACUGUGCCACCUCAACAGCCAUACCCACAUGUGUCAACUGGACCGGUGCAGCAAAGCUAUGCUUCAUAUGGUUCUGUACCUCCUGCCGAUGGUUACAGUCACCCACCAUCUACCACAGCAUCUGGUUCUGGUUAUCCUGUGCAAGGUGGUCAACCUGUUGCUGGGUAUGGUCAGCCCGGUGGACAACAGACUCCUGCAUAUAUCCAGGCUGGACCUACUGGAGGUUAUGGUUCUUAUCCAUCUACUCAGCCUGGCCACAAUGAACAACCAGCAGCCAAUGCCGCAGCUUACGGGUAUCAAUGGCAGAUAGAUCCUGCAUAUGGUAGUGCCCAAGGUCCUGCAGGUUAUGGUGCACCUGCCACUGGACAGUCAGGUUAUACACAACCAGCACCAGCGCAAGCUGGAUAUAACGUACCACAGUCAGGAGGUUACCAGUAG